AAGAUGCGCGAACUGAUUGUCAGUCAGUUUCUCUCACCUUUUCGAGCGCGAGAGCAUCACCGACCGCGCGCCGCCCGUUCUCUCUGUCUCCAGGACUGUUUGCUUUUUGCCUCUCACACAGACCCGUUGCAUCACCUCGGCGUUCGCGCACCGAGCGUCCUCUCGCAGUUGCGGCGUUUUUGCUGCUUUCAGUAAACUACAUUAGAAAAAGACGAAGCUCAGAACGAGGCUGAAGCAUCUUUAAGAGCGCGCGCAUCUCCCGAGUGCGCGAACGACAUACGCGUGCCCCACAAGGCGCAUCACCUCAGUGUUUCUGAAGACGCUUCAGAAACGUUUCCCACGAACUUUUGAGGAAUAUUUGAGGAGCAUCUAAGGGGAAUUCAUUAUUAAGAGGAACUGAGAAAAAGUAAUACGUCUGGGAAUCUUUAAAGACGGAAUACGAAGUGUACGCUGCGUUCUGAGAAAAACUGCGUUCUGAGAGAAACUCUUGCAUUAACGAUUUCUGUAAAACGGUCCGUCGUUGCAGACGUUUCGAGUCGGAAGUUUUGAGUUUCCUGACGGAAGAAAUGGGCAUUACUGGUUAUUUUGUGAUGCCUUGGAGAUGCCUGGUUGUUGUGGCGCUAAGACUGCUGUUCCUUGUGCCCGCAGGAGUGCCAGCGAGAAGCGGAGACUCUUAUUUAAAGGACAACAUCACUGUCAGACAGGGCGACAAUGCCGUCUUGAAGUGCAACGUGGACAACAAAGUUUCACGGGUGGCAUGGCUCAACCGGACUACCAUUCUCUUCACGGGCAAUGAAAAGUGGUCUUUGGACCCGCGGGUGGUCCUGCUAAACACAGCUGUCACUGAAUACAGUAUAAUGAUACUAGAUGUAAACUUAUAUGACGAGGGGCCGUAUGUGUGUUCUAUCCUCACGAACAAGAAACCAGAAUCGACAAAAGUGCACCUCAUCGUACAAGUUCCUGCCAGGAUUGUAAACAUAUCCACGGAUGUUUCUGUGAAUGAGGGAAGUAACGUAAGCUUCAUGUGUCUGGCCAUCGGACGACCUGAACCCACCAUUUUGUGGAAAUUGCGGUCCUCGAUAGGCAACAAAAUUAUCACCGAGGGCGAGUACGUGGAAAUUAAUGGAAUCACCAAAGACAUGUCCGGCUCAUACGAGUGCAUCACUUCAAACGAUAUCUCGCCUCCAGACGUAAGGACUGUUCAGGUUACCGUCAACUAUCCGCCUGUCAUCUUGCGAGCUCGGAGCACAGGAACGGCUGUUGGUCAGAAAGGGGUUCUGUGGUGCGAGGCGUCAGCGGUUCCUCUGGCGGAUUAUGAAUGGUUUAAAGGUGACCGCAGAAUUUUUAACGGACUCCAAGGGAUCAAGAUUGAAAACAAGGGAAAACAAUCCAUGCUAACAUUCUUUAACGUCUCUGAAGAGGAUUACGGGAAUUACACCUGCGUGGCUACGAACACGUUGGGGAUAACAAACGCGAGCAUCAUUUUGUACGGUCCCGGAGCGAUACACGACGUGAACAAUUCAGCUUCAACGCCAACCAGCUCGCUCUUGCUCCUAACUCUUGUCCUGACUCUCUCGCACCUGAGCAAGUUUUGAUGCUAAAGCACCUGGCCGCUUCUCAGUACGAACACAGACUCACUGUCCCACACGUAGAGGGAGAAUACUUUAUGGGUUAUUCUUGUUUUUAUUAUUUUGCCGUAUGCUUUAUUUCUGAAGGAAAGAGGUCAGUGUGGGUUUAUGGGUCUGUAAUUGGAUGCUUUGGGAUUUAGGAGUGUUUUGGAUUUUUAAACAGUAAACCGGACUGUGAAUGGAGUCUGUCAUUAGCUGGGUAGAAAUUAUAGAUCCAACUACAGUAUAUGUGUCUCUCCAACCUUUUGUAUGUGAAAAGAGAAGCAAAAACACAUGUAAUCGUGAAUAACUGAAUGGUUUUUUUGCUCAGUAUUGAACUGUGUGAGGUUACUGCUGUGUCCUGUUUCAUGUAAAAUAACAUGGUUCUUUUUUUAAAUAAUGGAGAAAAUGACAAACAGCAAAAAAGAAACAAAUAAUAAAAAAACGUGAUAUUUGAUUUACUGUACAUGUACAGAUGUAUGCAAAUACCGCUCACACAUUUAUAAGAUCUAUGCGUCCAAUAUAAUAUAGCACACAGAUCCAAAAGACAUACUGCAUCCUCCACAGCGUCCAUCGGCCAAUGAUGUCGCUCAUUUUGUUCAAAUGUCAGUGGAAACGUUAAGAUAACUUGCAUGUGUACUGAGCUGACAUACUGUAGUUACAUGCGGUAGGAUAGACCCGGUCUAACAUACUUUACCGUAGAUACGUUUCUUACUAUUGAUGCAGAUCGUAUGCCUGAAAAUCUCAGUGUAUGUGUGAUAGGAAGCUGCCCAAUACAUCAUAAAAAAUACAGUAUUAGGACCCUAAAAGAUUGACAGCCGUACCAAAUUCUCAAAUGGGGUGGAGGAACUGAUUUUUGAAGAGUCAUUUAUCACUGGAUGUGUAAUCACGGUGAGAUGAAACUUUCUCCUGUAAAGUUCAAGGGAAUCAUUUUGUUAGCAUUCUAAGAGGCAUGUUGGUAGCGACAGGCCACAUUUCAUGCCACCAAAAUCAUUGCAUAUUGCCUACUCGGUAGAAAAUCCCUUUUCAUAUUUCUUUUAUUUUAUCGAGAUUUUUAUUAAAGUGUUAAAACUGUUCUUUCUCAGGUUUUUGGUGCCGAGUUUCUUUUAAACGUGUAUGAUUUUGUGUUCUGGAAUCUUAAUGGAAAAGUAAACUCUUAUCUCAUAUGAUAUAUUAAAAUGAUAAUAUUAAUAUAUAUAGAUAUUUAAUAUCUUGUGAGGGGAGGAAAAUAUCAUAAGAGAUGCAUUUCUAUAUCUGUGGGCGAUAACCAUCAAUUUAUCUGUGAUCUUUAGCACUCAUUUCCACACUAAUAUAAUGCCAUAUAAAUGUCAAGUUGUGCAUGUUUGAGAAGGUGAAAGAAAAUUGUAAUCUUAGCUUUCAUUUAUUGCAUCGAUUUAUUCCAUAUCUUAAUAUGCUUACCCGUCGUAGGCCACAAUUUUGGACCUGAUACUCUAUAUGGGACCUUUCAACACACUUAUGAAGGAAUUUACAUGUUUACUGGUUAUACUGUAUUUAUUUAUAAGAAGCUGGCAUUAAGCCUGUUUCAACAAUUGGUUCGAUAGCUUGGUCUCAACUGGCUUUCGAUGCCAUGCAGGUCAUUGUGUUAUUUGGGUCUGAACUACAGACUGUAACGGUGCAAAGUCUCCGCCACGGAUGCAUUUAGAGACACAAACAUUCGAGACUAGAAACAUGCAUUUUUGUGAUUUCACAUUACAAAACAUUUUCAGGCACAUUUGCCAGGGUUCUUAAAACCGACCGCCGACUCUCAACCGAGAACGCAAAUGACCUCGGGUCCGCACUAAGCACCAUAGUGAAGCAUUCUAAUUAAGAGCAGGAGGGACCCUUGAGAUACAGACGUACACACUCGACUAGCAUUAAACUCUUAAAACGAGACCUUGUCCAUGUCGGCAUUCAGCUUCAGUGAGCACUGUCAACAGCGGCGCAUAAACACGCCGAAGAGUGAUGAAUCGGUCCAAGGGCCGCCGCAUCACUGAGAAAUAAAUACAUGCCCAUACAUUGUAAAUGACCUUUCAGCUGAUUUUAAAGUUAGAUUCCUCUGCCUUUAAUUUGAAGGAUAUAUACUGCUUGAGCCUUGCUGUGUGAGUUUGAUGUGACUUAUUGAAAGUUUGUCGUCAUUGAAUUGGUUACGUAAUUGUUGGUUACCUUGGCUUGGUGGAGCUCUUACAAAUGGCUGUUGGUUAGAAACGUUUCGGGCUGUGCACAUACUUCAUCGCUUUCUUGCGUAUGGCAGAGUCGGGAUAAUAAUCGGACCUCAUUUUAGUCACGCUCUGCAUUAAGUACGACAGUGUUCUGGAUCAUGCAGUACAUGUUAAAAAUGCUAUUCUCUAUGUGUGAAACAACGAAAAACGAAUCUUAAAAUAUGCAAAUAGAAAUGACAUUUAUUUAUUCUGGUUCGAUUUGAUUUGGUUUAUUUUGAGGAUGGUGUAAUUGCUGAAAUGAAAGCACCUUUUCCUUGUUAGCGUUGUGCCUUGCGUGCAAAAAAUCAUGUAUUUACACUGCAAUCAACUAGAUUCAAUGUCAGCCCUGAAAGGUGAUGCUUGUGUAAACAGUCACUUCCUGUACUAAUUUAAUCAAAUACUUGGACUCAUUUUAAUGACAUAAUGAUAUUUAAUACUAUUUAAGCAUCAGUUCUGUUUCAAGUGACUUGCCCAAGGAUUUACAUAACAGGUUAUAUACAUAAAUAAGUUGUACCAUAGAAUGUUAGGCUAUUUAAUUUUGGUAUCUAAUGUUGAUGAACAUUUUAAACACUAAUAUUGCUUUGUCACAACGAUGGUGGAGAUGCUACUGACAGUGAUGUCAUUUGAACAGUUGCUGUAACAUACAGUACAAAACCACAAAUUUGUGCUCUAAUUCUUUGUUUAACGUCACAGGUUUGCCAUCACAACCUUAUUCACAGUGAACAGCUGUACUGUAUAUAUCUUAAAUAAGAUAGCAGACCCAUUUGCGUUACAAACUGGUCUAUAAAUAGUUCCGAAUGUCAUUGUUUUCCUUUAUUUUUUGAAUUGAUAUAUUCCUUGUCAUCAUAUCAAAGUGAAAAAAUGGCAAACUGUCAUUGACAUCCAGUCGUAGCACUUUUGGUUUUUUAGGUUUUUUGAAACCACUGCAAGUACACACGGUACAGCCCAUCCAGUCAUCAAGUGUUUCAUUCAAAAUGCCCUUGCCAAACUGUAUUGUGUGUUUGUAUUUAUUUUUCUGACUGUCCCUAUCUAGUUCAGAUUGUAAUGUGUAUGAUACCUUAACAUUUGCAACACAAAGCUCUCUCAAUGUGCAUGUACAGCCGUAGUCGUAUUUUUCUUUUUUUACUAUUGGAACAUGAGUAAAGAGUGUUGUAUGUGUUCUGUGUAAUAAAGUUAAGAAUAUUUUCUUCUA